CAAUGAAUGAAUGCAUUGAUUAAAGUUUGCAUUCAUUUGAUUGUGUAGUGAAUUGAGUGACAAAACAAUGUAUUUAUUGUCCCAACGAUUGUCACAACAGCUGAUCCGCACCAACGCCACCGCUUUCGGCGUCUGUUGCCAUCACUUGAGGAAUAAGUGGCAGUCGUUUGUUGUCGUCAACAAUAGGUUCACAAAACGAUAUCUUCGCGCCUCUUCGGCGGUAUUGACAGCAAAUCCAAACCACAAACCAAUUAAUACUGACAUCAAUGCCAACAAAGAGUCCAAUGAUUACAAUAAAGUCUUCACAUUUCCCAACGUGUUAUGUAUGACACGAAUCGCGUUCACACCAGUGAUCGGGUAUCUGGUGAUCGACCAGCACUUCACGACUGCCCUAACCCUGUGUGCCAUCGGAUCCAUCACUGACCUCUUGGACGGCUACUACGCCCGCAGAUACAACUGUGUGACCAAAUUGGGCGCUAUAUUGGACCCGUUGGCCGACAAA